UGGAGGAGUUGGGCGGCUGUUUCUCCCUCUCCGCCCGGAGGAGGAGGAAGAGGAGGAAGAAGAGGCUUCGGCUGCCGCCUCUCCGAUCCUCCCCCCCUCCCCCCUUCCCCUUCCGCCCCACACCUUUAUGGACGAGCGCCGGAGCUUGCUCUACUCUCCGGCCGCCUCCUCCGCCGGCCGGCAGCCGCGGGGCGGCUCGAGCAGCAGCCACCACAACCUGGGCUACAGCGAGCAGCUGCCCCCCGCCGCCCCCCAGCCGGCCCCCGAGCAGCAGGACCAGGAGGGCGAAGAAGGCGGGGAMGGCAGCAUGACCGUGGUGGGAGGCGGCGGCGGCGGAGACCCUUUGCUGGAGGAAGCCCAGCAUCCUCCCGCGCUGCUCGGCGGGGACCGCUACGAUCAGCCCCCGGCGCCGGCCGUGCCCGCCGGGCAGCCCGCGGGCGGAGGGGAGCACGAGUGCUGCGAGCGCGUGGUGAUCAACAUCUCGGGGCURCGCUUCGAGACGCAGCUCAAAACCCUGGCGCAGUUCCCCGAGACGCUGCUGGGGGACCCCCGCAAGAGGAUGCGCUACUUCGACCCCCUCCGCAAUGAGUAUUUUUUCGACCGGAACCGUCCCAGCUUCGACGCCAUCCUCUACUACUACCAGUCGGGUGGGCGCAUCCGGCGGCCCGUCAACGUCCCCAUCGACAUCUUCACCGAGGAGAUCCGCUUCUACCAGCUGGGCGAGGAGGCCAUGGAGAAGUUUCGGGAGGACGAGGGGUUCAUUCGGGAGGAGCAGCGGCCGCUUCCUGAGAAGGAGUUCCAGCGCCAAGUGUGGCUCCUCUUCGAGUACCCCGAGAGCUCUGGGCCGGCCCGAGGCAUUGCCAUUGUCUCUGUGCUGGUCAUCCUUAUCUCUAUCGUUAUCUUCUGUUUGGAGACCCUGCCUGAAUUCAGGGAUGACCAYGACUAUGAGGGGACCGGGGGGACCUUCGGGACGGGCGGUGGCCCUCUCUCUCCUGAUGGCUUCACCAACUCGUCAUCCUCGGCUGCUUCCAUGGUGUCAUCCUUCACCGACCCUUUCUUUGUGGUGGAGACUUUGUGCAUCAUCUGGUUCUCCUUCGAGCUACUGGUCCGUUUCUUUGCCUGCCCCAGCAAGGCCACCUUCUCCAAGAACAUCAUGAACAUCAUUGACAUUGUGGCCAUCAUCCCCUACUUCAUCACGCUGGGCACGGAGCUGGCCGAGCGGCAGGGCAAYGGCCAGCAGGCCAUGUCCUUGGCCAUCCUCAGAGUCAUCCGCCUCGUCAGGGUCUUCCGCAUCUUCAAGCUCUCCCGGCACUCCAAGGGGCUGCAGAUCCUGGGCCAGACCCUCAAGGCCAGCAUGAGGGAGCUGGGCUUGCUCAUCUUCUUCCUCUUCAUCGGYGUCAUCCUCUUCUCCAGCGCYGUCUACUUCGCCGAGGCCGAYGACCCCAGCUCGGGGUUCAGCAGCAUCCCCGACGCUUUCUGGUGGGCCGUGGUGACCAUGACCACCGUGGGCUAYGGGGACAUGCACCCCAUCACCAUUGGGGGCAAGAUCGUGGGGUCUCUGUGUGCCAUCGCRGGGGUGCUGACCAUCGCCCUCCCCGUGCCCGUCAUCGUCUCCAAUUUCAACUAUUUCUACCACCGCGAGACAGAGGGUGAGGAACAAGCCCAGUACAUGCACGUCGGGAGCUGCCAGCACCUCUCGUCCAGCGAGGAGAUGAAGAAGGCUCGCAGCAAUUCCACCCUCAGCAAGUCCGAGUACAUGGUGAUCGAGGAAGGGGGAGUCAACCACAGUGCAUUCAAACAGGCUGCCUUUAAAGCAGGCAACUGCACAACCACAAACAAUCCCAACUGUGUGAACAUCAAAAAGGUCUUUACGGAUGUUUAGAGCGAUCCCAAAGCAAACGAACGGCAGCAAACUCCGAGGAUGCGGUAAAACGAUACCAAUAAUGAUACCAAUAAUAAUGCAAAGUGACUGUGUGUCGGUGUUGUGUGGAACAURCACCAUCGUCGGUCUGUGUGUGCGCCCUCGUUUUUAUACCUUUAUUUUUUUAGAUCCUUCCUUUCUAAAGAUCCAAAAGUAAAAGGAUUUAAAAUUCUCCGGAGAAGAGGACAGCUUAAGGGUAAAGGAGAAGGAAGAUGAAGACAAACCACACUCGCUGUCAAAACAGGUGUUUUUUUUCUGCAACRUGUUGCAGGGCUGCUUUGCUUUUUGGGGUUUUUGGGGAACCUCUCGCUUUGCUCCUGAAUUCCACCCUCUUUCCCUAAGGGCAGCGUGCAGCCGAUUUCCCUUCCAUCACAUAAGAUCACUUGUUGGAUUAACAAGMCCGGGUUGGGUGGAGGAACGAGGAAAAGAUGAGGCAGAGCGUACUGGGAGGGGGCUGGGAGGAAAUAACCGUUUAAUUUUGCAGAGAGUCUCUGUUACCACAUCGUUAAAUGAUGCUUAAUAUUGAAACAUGUGAUGUACCAUUACGGGCACAUCCCAGAUUCCCUUUUUCUCCCCAUUAGAUCAUUUAUGAAAUUCUAAUCUGGUCGGAGACCGAGUGCAAUCAAUGCUGAUUUAAACAGGAAAAAAACCCUCCCAAAGCCCUCGUUUUUCAUUCUGAAUUCCCUUCCCCUGUAACCGGACGGAAUUAUUCCCUCCGGUGUCAAGUUUGUGGCCGUGCAGCGGGGCUGUGWGCGGGAGGAGGGAGAGGAAAGGCAGCCUGGAAUGGUUUCGGGAGCCGCCGGCGCAGGGAGCGGUGCCGGCUCGGAGCUGGAUCCGCGGCGAGCUCCUCGUCCCACCCAGCCGCAGACAAAGGGAUAUUUCCUCCUCUUUUCGCAAUGCCUUUGGAAGAGAUGCAGCCGCUUAUCGCCAGAAGAUUAAAGUGGCGAACACGCCUUCCAGCGGAAGUCACUAAUUCCGACCGGAGUGAUGCAGUUGCCAUGGCGACCACGGUUUCCUGGGAAACCCCCAAAGGUUGUCAUGGCAUCCCUUCUCCCCAUCCCCCUUGGUCCUCGCUCUUCCCGCAAAAAAUCCUUUCCAGAUGGUUCCAGCUCCUCCAUCCCACAGGACGUCGUGGCUCCCAGUCCCCGUCCCGCCGCUCCUCCCGUGUUCCCAACAAAGCAUCCACGGGCAAUAAKCACCCCCAGAUCCACCUGUCCCUCGCUGAGGAGCUCACCACACCUUGGCAGUGAAUUUGGGGGAUGGAGGUUCAUCCUGCUCCAUCGAGAACGACCCCAAACCCAAACCCGGUGAGAGCUGGCACCGAGUUCGGUGAACAAGUGGGACAGUAAAAAACAGGAUCGUGAAAUAACCAAAAAUCCCRCCGGGAAAAACCACCGGCUUCAUCUUCACGUGUGCGCCAGGGGCCAYGGGACAUCUGAUGGGAUCAGAUCACAGAAGUUUCAUAAUGAAGACCUUCAGGACUGUGUUGAGAAUAAAACAUCUCCAAGGAAAGGACAAACAUCCCAAACAUCCCAGACAUGGUGACCGACGCUGCUGUGGACCCGRCUGACAGAGGGCCUGUCCUCCCCAUUUAAACCAGUUCAUAUUUCAUAUAUAUAUAUUUAUAUAUGGAAUAUUUCCUGCUUUAUCUGUGUUUUCUAACAAGUGCAUUAUGUAGAGGGGAACAUCUUUGGAGCCAGAUUAUCUUCGACUCGUGUGCAAUAUAAUGAGACUGAGCAAAGCCAGGAAAAAGGAAGGAGGAGAGAUGGAAAUAAUUUGGAUAUUAUUUCAAUUUUUUUAUUAUUAUUUUAAAAAAAAAGUGUCUUGAAAGAUUAUGCAACCAGAAAGGAAACAUUAAGCAGAGCUGCUAAAACCCAGUCCAAGUGUUUUGCUCGGGGUGGGAGGGAGUGGGGGGA